AUGGCGUUUAGUCUCGGGCUUCUUCUCCUGUGGACCGCGUCGGUGACUGGUGUUGCACACGACCCCGAGGUCGCAACGCUGCUUGGCCCUGGCGGCAAGCGACUGGGUCUAACGCUCGAUUUUUUGCUCCCGAUUUUGCCGAACGAUUGGCUCGCUGACAAGGCGCUCAUGAACACGCCUAUGAUCACUGGCGUCGAAGUCAGCCCUGGCUACGAGUUCGUCGGCUACGCGUACACACGGUUCACCGGCAACUACAUGGUCUGGAACGAGACCCAACGCAGCCUCGGUCCAAUCUGGAGCGGGCGCAUUCGGUCGUUCAUCGUGCGCGAAGUCUCACACGAGCUUUCAACGAUCAACAAGAAGGCCCAAGAGGUCGGCGCGGUGUACACCGACCUUAACUUUUCGGGCCAGUCCCGGCCCAUCAACCUCUUCUCGACAUCCUGGAAGGUCGAAGGGUAUUUUGAGUCCGUGCGACUCUCGCCGGGCUACAUGCUCACGAUCUCGGACGGGCUUGGCAACUCGGAAACGUGGAAAACCGACUUUGACGUGCCCGACAAGUGGAAGAAGUCGGCAGUCGCGUUCCGACUGCAGAGCCUCCGUGCGCUCCCAAAGCCGACGACAGUGCCGACACGAACCGACGCACCGACGACAUCGGUUCCGACGACACCGACACCGACCCCGUCAACUCUUGGGUCAUCCGAGACCAAUCAGGUCCCGCUCAUUCUCGGUAGCGUCGGUGGCACACUCGCUCUUGUCGCGGUCGUCGUCGGUAUCUACUGUCUCUGUCGUCGCCGAAAACGUCGUCCUUUGUCGACCAAGCUCGACACACCCAACGUGGGUACACCGCAGGGGCCGUCAACGUACGCAGCAACGAGCUCGCUGAGUCCGCGCGAGACGCUCGACCUGCAAGCCCUCUACAAGUACCGCAUCGACCCGGGUGCCCUCGUCUUGCACGAGACCCUUGGUUUUGGCGCCUUUGCGCAGGUGUGGCGCGCGACGUGUUUUGGGCUACCUGUCGCGGUCAAGACGCUUCUGGCCCAUCGUCAGACAGCCCGCGACAUUGCGGCGUUCAUCAAGGAGCUCGAGCUCCUCUCCAGUUUCCACUCGCCCUACAUUGUCGAAUUUGUCGGCGUUGUGUGGACCACUCCGUCGGACAUCAAAGGUGUCAUGGAGCUCAUGGACGACGGCGAUCUGCGGACGCGCCUCGCGACAACGUCGCCCGCGACACUGCCGUGGUCGAUUAAAGUGGGUAUCUUACGGCACGUGGUCGACGGCCUCGCGUAUUUGCACUCGCUGCACGUCAUCCACCGGGAUUUGAAGUCGCGCAACAUCCUCCUUGACCGUAUCAAGGGCGCCAAGCUCGUCGACUUUGGCGUCGCUCGGGACGCCGACGACGCGUCCAUGACCAUGGGCGUCGGCACGUACCGCUGGAUGGCGCCCGAGGUGCUGCACGGCCGCGACUACUCGGUGGCCGCCGACAUUUAUUCCCUCGGCAUGGUCCUCACGGAGCUCGACUCGCACGCGAUUCCGUUCCAGCACAUGGCGCGCAUGUCGGACGUCGCGCUCAUGUGCGCCGUCAUGAACGGCAGCGUGUGUCCCACGGCGUUCACACCGAGCUGCCCCGACUGGCUCAAGCAUCUCGCCACCCUCUGCACGUCCCACGACCCGAAUGAGCGUCCCACCAUUUACCAAGUCCAAAACGCGCUCCAGGCCGUUCGAGUCUAG